GUUUGUAUGCUUCAGUUUUAUGUUGUGGUUGUUGUAACUGUAGCUUGUUGGUUAGUGUAUUGAGGGCUUUUUUUUUUUAACAUGCCACCUCUCCAUCUGUCUAGAAGCCAAACUUACAAGCCGUUCAAGCAGCGGAAGAGUUUUGCAACUAGAAAGCAAGAAGUAUACGGAAUUCGCUCACAGUUUCCAAAUAAGGUUCCGGUAAUUGUGGAGCGGUAUCCCAAUGAAAAAUAUUUACCCACACUGGAUAAAACCAAAUUUUUAGUACCCCAGGAACUCACAAUGAGUCAGUUCGUAACAAUAAUAAGAAGUCGCAUGGCACUGACAGCUACACAGGCAUUUUAUUUGCUGGUAAACAACAAAAGCCUAGCCAGUAUGUCUCUAACAAUGGCAGAGGUGUACAGGGACCACAAGGAUGAAGAUGGCUUUCUCUACGUAACUUAUGCCUCUCAGGAUAUGUUUGGAUCUAAUUUAUGCAUAGACUCUACAUAUUCUUUUCAGACUGCCAAAUUUAACAGAUAAAUGGCUGGAGGUGUUUUGAAUGUGACUGAUAGGAGGUUGGCUGGCCCGACUCAAAAUGGAACACUGAUGGUGGAAAUAUGUGGACUGCUGCUGUAACUGUAUAUAGUUUUUUUAUGUUUGUAUCACUGCAAUGACUUUUUAAAACUUUAAUAAAUAUAAGUGUACAUGA